AUGGCUUCAUCUGACUGGUUUCAACCACCCUCAUAUUCGCCGACCUUUGUGGCAUCAAUGGAACCAAACCAGGACCAAGCCCUGCAGGUCCGUUGCCCCCGAUGCGACUCCACUGAAACCAAGUUCUGUUACUACAACAACUACUCUCUUUCCCAGCCACGUUACUUCUGCAGGUCAUGUAGACGCUACUGGACCAAAGGUGGCACCCUCCGAAACAUCCCCGUCGGCGGAGUCUGCCGGAAAAACAAGAAACUUUCUUCAAUUUCCAGGAAACCCGACACCACCGACCACCGCCGCCAAACCCCAGAUGUGAACGGAAAUGAGAACACUAGUCUUCAACUUUCGUAUCCAGAAUCUCCGGCUAAGUUCACGGAGGGUGGAGGCGUUGGUGGAGAGUAUGAGGGUGAUGGACCUUUUCCGGCAAUGGUUGCAAGCGGUGCGGAUACGGUUAAUACCCAUGGGCUGAGUCUAUUUGGAGAAAUGGAGCAUUCUGAGAACAUGAGGAAUGAGGUUGAUGCGAAGCGUAGUAGGGUCUUCGCGUUUGAAUGGCAAGAACAAAUGGAUUGUCAUUCGGAUCUUUAUGGUUCAGGUGAAGGGAGAAACGGGUCGUUUGGCUAUUAA